GCAGGUUGGAGCCUGAGUCAGAGAGAAGGAGAGAGACGGGGAGAGAGGAGAAGCCUACCACAUCAGGAGGCGAGCACCAGCAGGAGGUCUUCGGUGUGUCUGGAGAAGUCUGCCUUCGGUUCUCACUGAGCCACUCUGAGAAUGGAUCUAUCUGCCCGGGAGCUGUGUCUCAACUUCACUGUGGUCCUGAUCACGGUUCUCCUUAUGUGGCUCCUUGUGAGGUCCUAUCAGUCCUGAGACGGCAUGCCACUCUCCCGGGAUUGACUGCAACGCUCCAGAGCUGCCUGCUGUGUGUCCUGAGA